AUGGACGCAGCUGAGAAGCUACACACGCCCUGAGUGAGUCUCCUGGAUCUGGUUGGAAAAUACAUGAUUAUACAACGUUGCAACAGACUCUACAAUUUUCUGCAGUUGCACUGUAUAAAAGUGCAACGUUGUUUAAAAGUGUUGUAUUCGGUGCAGUCUGUUCUAGUGGCAUAGUGAAGCCUGAGCCUCAGGAACCAAAUGAAACAACACAGUACUGUGUGAUUCCGCAUGCCCGAUUGGCCUACGAUAAUAGCGCCGGAUUUCACCAAAUCGCCAUUCCCAUGACAGCGUUACGUUAUCUCCGCAAGGGAGCCCCGUUGAGCGUGUGGGCGGCCAGUACGUUGAUACGUCGUACUACAGCUGCGCACGACUUUCUCCAAACGGCGGUAAGGCUUUCCGAUUCGUUAUUCUCUAAACUAGAUACGUUAAUUUGUCGCCGUAGCGAUAGCUAUGGGACUAGGGGGGAACGACGAAUGGCUGCUCGGGCACUGGUGAAGCUUAAAGAGACAACAGCGAGAUUGAGCCAGGCAGGAGGAUAAGAAAUCGCGAAAAUAUUAGUACAGAGGGCAAAAUGGGGAUCUGCGUAUGCUGAUCUCGCAUCAAGACAGCAGUUUCAUUGAUGAAUACCCAUUGAUGGAGCUUACCGUGAAGAACAGCUGUCAUGAUUUGUUCAGUAACGCGAAUGUGUGAACAGGCGGGGGUUCCACCGUGCGAGGAGAGUGAGGAGGUGUGUGCCCGUGCUGAGAAAUUGAGGUCUUUGGUAACAAAAGGAACCCAGACUUUCUCUGCUGUUUUGGCUUCGAUUCGUCAUCUCUGUGGCUGUGUCUGUCUACUACGUCUAAACAUGAGACGCGUGGCACUCUAUUGAUGAGUGACCAGCCCAAGGGUCAUGGGAAGAAUCUCGUUGUGAAUUUGCUACUUCUGAAGCAUCCGCGCAGAGGCCUGCCAUCGACAAGGGUGAGCGCGCUUUUGUUCCAGCGCGACCUGCCCGCACCGGUGGGAGACAUGCCUCUCUGAGACUCAGGUCAGAAAAUCACAAAAGAGAAAACUGUGGAAAAAUCUUUCACUGUGGAAAAUCACAGGGAACAAACAAUUUGUCAAAUUUUGGGUGCUUCCCCUUUUGCUGACUUUUUUUUCUUUUUGCACUGCACACAUAUAUAAAUAUAUGUGUAAGAAGUAUCUCUCGUCUCAUUUGAUAUCUAUACCCUCCCUCCCCCUGACCGCCCUGGAAGUUGUUUUGGUGGCUUUGUGAUUUGAAUGGCCGUGGAGUAACCGUGGAGAGGCCAGGGUAUCACAAGCUUAUGGAUUUUGAGAAGAGAGGAGGGAAGGGGGAGGCCGACGAGGGGAAAAGGAUGUCCAAGGUGGCCGGGAGCAGGACUGCACAUGGGAGUCGGAGCACAGGGACCAACUCCGGGGUGCUUAUGGUCGGCCCCAACUUCCGCGUGGGGAAGAAGAUUGGCUGUGGAAAUUUUGGAGAGCUCAGGCUGGGGAAGAACCUGUACACCAACGAAUAUGUGGCUAUCAAACUGGAACCAAUAAAGUCCAGGGCCCCUCAGCUGCAUUUGGAAUACAGAUUCUAUAAACAGCUGGGAAAUUCAGAGGGUAUUCCUCAGGUGUACUACUUCGGCCCAUGUGGGAAGUACAAUGCCAUGGUUCUGGAGUUGUUAGGGCCCAGCCUGGAGGACUUGUUUGAUCUCUGUGAUCGUACAUUCACUCUCAAGACUGUCCUAAUGAUAGCCAUACAGCUGAUAACGCGGAUGGAGUAUGUCCACACAAAGAGCUUGAUAUAUAGAGACGUGAAGCCAGAGAACUUCCUGGUAGGUAGGCCAGGAAGCAAGAGGCAGCAUACAAUCCACAUCAUAGACUUUGGGCUGGCCAAAGAAUACAUCGACCCUGAGACCAAAAAACACAUCCCCUACCGGGAGCACAAGAGUCUGACGGGUACGGCACGAUACAUGAGCAUCAACACGCAUCUGGGGAAAGAACAAAGCAGAAGGGAUGACCUGGAAGCUCUUGGUCACAUGUUCAUGUACUUCCUGAGAGGCAGUCUACCUUGGCAGGGCCUCAAGGCAGAUACACUGAAGGAACGGUAUCAAAAAAUCGGAGAUACCAAAAGAGCCACGCCAAUAGAAGUUCUCUGUGAAAGCUUUCCAGAGGAAAUGGCUACCUAUCUGCGCUAUGUGAGGAGGCUGGACUUCUUUGAAAAACCUGACUAUGACUACUUAAGGAAGCUCUUCACUGACCUCUUCGACAGGAAUGGCUACAUUUUUGACUACGAGUAUGACUGGGUUGGAAAGCCACUUCCCACCCCGAUUGGCCCAAUCCCCAGUGACACGCCCCUUCAGCCAAGCAGAGAGAAAGCACAACAGCAGACCAAAAAUCCGGUGAUGAGCUCGACGAACGGGGAGCUGAACACCGAUGACCCCACAGCGGGACACUCCAAUGCCCCCAUCACUGCACCUGCUGAGGUGGAGGUUGCUGAUGACACAAAGUGCUGUUGUUUCUUCAAGAGAAGGAAGAGGAAAACCCUUCAGAGGCACAAGUGAAACAGGCCUCGGAUGGAAGCUGAAACGUUCCACUUCCUGCCCAGUUGUAAAAUGGGAGCUAACACAGAACACCAGUUCUUUUUCUGUCUUUUGAUGGCACAUCCCUUCCUAGUGGUGUACAAAGGAACGUUGUCAUCCUAGUGGUCAAGUGGGACAAACAAAAGACUCUAUGGUUUAUUUUGCAAAUAAAGAAAAAACAAGAAUGCAUAUAUUAAAACAUGGGAUUCAGUAAAAAAGUAAAUAGCAAGACACAUCUUGAAGUGAAUAUAAGAUGAACUGUUUGAAGCAGUUAUUGUAUCCUAGAUUUAAUGCAGUGCUUGCUGUUGACCUGGUUGAAAACACACAAGCAGGUCAAGUGCAGAAGAUGUGAUCCAUAGAAGGUGAGAUCCAUAGAAAUAGUUUUUUUUUUUUGUGGGAUCAAGGUCAGAGGCUAAAAUAAACAGUAUAAAUAGUAACCCCAACAUUACUGAGAGCAUCAGGAAGCAUUACACCAGAAUCAAAUUAAUUAUGUAAAUUAUCCUCUUUUUGUAAUUUAAAUUUAAGUUGUUUAAAAGUCUGCUUUCUUCAACUUUCACGUUGUAGCGUUAUGGAAUGUAUCAUUUGUUUUUAUUUUCCUUGGUUUUUUUUAGUUAAUGUGGAGUUUGUAGCACAGUCACUGGUCCAGUGUACUGUGGAAGACUUAAGAGGGAGCCAAAUAUUAAUCUCUCCUCUUUAAAUUGCACUUUUUGGGAAAACAAAAACAGUGUAAGUUUAGACUUGAAUUUAGCUGAAGAAAAAGGAAUACUAAAUAAAGACUGAUUGAGGAAGAUUUCUUUAGAAGGCUCAUCUCUGUACAAUGGCCAAAUGUCCAUUUAAACAGGAAAAAUGUCCUUUCACUUUUAUCACAUCACAAUGAUUUACCAGAAAAAAUAGUUUGUGCCUUUCCAAGUAAAAUGUUUAAAGCUUAAGUGUCCUGCAGUCAGAUUUUAUCAGACUUAUGUCUCUCAUUACUCUGAUAUGAAAGUGUGUGCACACAUGUAGAUGAGUGCAUGUGCAUUCAUCAGUAACAUUUCUGUUGGUUCCACAUAAUGUCCUCAAUAGGUGCCCACCAUUUCACAUAGUCCUCUUAUGCGUCUGCUCCGAUAGUCAUGGAAUGUUUCAAAUUGUGUUGUAUUUGCUACUUGCAUUUUUGGGUGACAGUAGUAAUGACACUUCUGCUGGGUGGAGGUGCUUGAACCCUUGACAAUCACAUCGAUCUUUACCACCCAUAGUUUAAGCUUCACACUUACAGAGCUGGGUCUUUUGUUGGAUGGAAACCUGCCAUUUGUGUCUCAUGUUGCUACAUUGACCAGGUUCUGCUUCCUUCAGUUAAAAAAUACAGCUAAAUUAAGGCGAUUCCUAUGUAGGCAGGAUGCUGAGAAAUUGGUUUAUGCUUUCAUUUCAAGCAGGUUGGACUUUUGUAAUGCUCUAUUAUCGGACUGUCCUUACCAGACUGUAUCCACGUUACAGUUAAUACAGAAUGCUGUUGCCAGAAUCGUUACAGCAACGAGGAAGUACAACCAUAUAACAGUGGUACUUAACUGGAAGCCAAUUCAGCAAUUUAAGUUUAAAUAGUUCGCACUGGCUUUGUUACAUUUAGAGUUGAUUAUGAAAUCUUACUUUUGACCUAUAAGGUUGUAAAUGUCAUUGCUCUGGCUUACUGAAAUAUUGUCAUGUUCCAGAACGUUGUCUUCAUUCAUUGGAUGGGGGUUAUGUUAAAGUACCUGUGACCAAGAAGAUCACCAUUAGGAGGGCGUGCCUUUAGGUAUAGAAUGCGUUAACUUUGGAAUAGUCUGCUUGUUACUGUCAGGAAUGCCCUGUCUGUCUCAGCUUUAAAUCCAAGCUUACAUGUUCACCCUGGCAUGUCAAUGAUUAGUGUAAUUCCUGUUUGCUGUUUCCGUCUGUGUAAAACUUUAUAAUCCCAUACUAACAAUUUAUUUCUUGUUGAGCAUUGCUUCCCUAUGAGACCAGGGGUCAGCCGGCCGUGAUACCAGCACCCCAUGCUGACUGAAGCUGAUGACUGCCUACCAUGAUGGAUGAGACAUGCCUAUGUGAACUGGGACAUCAAGUUAUUAGCGCUCAGCUAAAAUGUUAUUAGGUGUAAAUUGACAAUCUUUUUAAUCUAGAAUGCCCAGGAGGGGUGGGCAGCCACUGGCACUUGGACCCC